ACACCGGAAGCUGCACGUGUUCGCCGCCGUCGCCAUGGAGCGGCGCCCCCCGCCCGCCGCCGCCAAUCGGUGCUACGCGCAGCGCCGCUUCUGGGAGGAGCGGUACCGCCGGGCGGGCGCUGAGCCCCGGGAGUGGUUGGGCGACUUCGAGCGGUUCCGCGCGUUGCUGGAGCCCGAGCUGCGCCCCGACGACCGCAUCCUCGUGCUCGGCUGUGGGACCAGUGCCCUGAGCUACGAGCUGCACGAGUUGGGCUACCCCGAUGUCACCAGCAUCGACUUCUCGCCCGCCUGCGUGGAGGCCAUGCGCUCCCGCUAUGCCCACUGCCCCCAGCUGCGCUGGGCCGUCAUGGACAUGCGCUCCCUGACCUUCCCCGACGCUUCCUUCGACGUGGUGCUGGAGAAGGGCACGCUGGACGUGCUGCUGGUGGAGGAGGCUGACCCCUGGCAUGUGUCCCCCCGCGGCGCUGCCGCGAUGCGCCGGGUGCUGGCAGAGGUGAGCCGCGUGCUGCGCCCGGGGGGCCGCUUCCUCUCCAUCACCUUCGCUCAGCCCCAUUUCCGCGCCCCGCACUACGCACAGGAGGCCUUUGGCUGGUUGCUGCGGCACGCCGCCUGCGGGGACGCCUUCCACUACUUCGUCUACAUCAUGUGCAAGGGGCAGCCCCUGGCCCCCCGCGACCUGGCCCUGGGCAGGCAGCUGGGGCGGCCCCCCCCGGCCCCGCCGCCCCCCGUCACCAUGGCGGAGGACGAGGAUGAGGACUUCCUCCGCGCCAUCGAACUGUGACCCCGCGGCGUCACCUCCGCGCCUUUCUUUUUGGGUGGGGACAUCCCGCUCCCCGUCCCAGCUGUAUGGGAAGGGGGGCAGCGGGGCCGCGCGCCGCACAUCGCUUUGUGCCCCCCCUCCUCUCGGAUUGCGGCCACGGCGCUGGGAAUGAGACUGCGGCGGGUUUAAUUCCAACCGCCCCCCCCAGCACUGCUGUGACAGUGCCAGGCCUGGUGAUGGGGGGGCGGGGGAUGUGACCCCGCCGUGCCGUCCCCUGCACUAUGGGGACACCCCUGUGCCAGGGGAGGUGGCACACAGACCAGGGGAGGUGACAUGCGUGACCAGGCACGGGGCGCCAGGGCAGCGACACACAGCAGGCGGUGACACGGGGUGUCCCAGGCCCUGAGCUCUGCCAUCACGGCAUAAAUGGGUCAGCGGGGCCCCCCCCGGAGCCAUGGGGUGUUGUGUGGGGGGGGGCGGGGGGGGGGAAGGAAGGAUCGGCCGGCAGCAGUACAUGGAUGUAUUUUAUUCAUCGCGUUUUGUUCACCGUACAGUGACAAAUGGCGCUGGACGUUACAAUGGACCGGUGGUAGAACACGAUGGCGCGGAUCGCUCCCCUUC